GACUCCCUCGGGUGCGUGCGCGCGCGGCUGCAGCCGGAGACAAGCCGCGAGCGAGCGGACGGUUCAUUCAUUGCUGCGGCCAGCCAAGCCACCAGCCCCGAGGAAGAGCCGGCGCGACCCGCAGGCGACUCCCGUCAGGCUGCCGCCUUUGCGGACGAAAGAAAGCGGUUGGGGGUUGGGGGCGGCAGGAGGGGGGUUGGAUCCGGCUUUUCCCUUCGAUCCGGCCGAAUCCGCGAAUGCCACAUCUAACCCCAGGGCGUUUCGGAAGACCAGCGGGCUGGCUGGGAGUUUGGAGACGCGCGAGCCUUCCUCCGUCUUCUUGACUCUUCAUGAGAGAAACAUCUGAUAGCCAAGAAGGGAGCCCUUCCCACUGAACCCAACCUCAAGGAUGCCCUGGAACGUCAAAUGGUUGAAUAGCUACAACAGCCACAGCUCCCAGUCUCAGAAACAAUGCAAGAAAUCUUCUUUUGCUUUCUAUCAAGCGGUGAGAGACCAGCUACCAGCAUGGCUCUUGGAAGACAUGAGGCGCAUGGAGGUUUUCCACUGGCAAGAAGGAGGCAAAGUCAGCACGUAUUCACCUUCAGAGGCACUGCUGUAUGCCCUGGUACACAACCACCAGCCUUAUGCCCGAUAUUUACUGAACCACUUUCCUAAAAGUGCCCUUGCAGUACCGAGCCUUCACUUCAGCUGCUGCCACUCUUCGGCUCCUCACUUAGCUAUGGCUGUCCGGUACAAUCGUAUCCAUGUCCUAGUAGAGAUUCUGAAGGCCAUCAAAAACUUCCCAGUAAGUGACCGCGCUACCUAUUUGGAUCGCCGAGGUUGCAGUCGGGUAGAAGGUGGCAAAACAGCCCUUCAUCUGGCUUGUGAACUGGUAAGGCCAGAGUGUUUGCUUUUGCUGCUAGGACAUGGAGCCUCGCCUUGCCUUCGUGACUGUGCUGGGAACACACCUCUAGACCUACUCCUACAACAAAUUUGGGAGAGUCCAGCUCCAAAUCUCUGCACCAAGCUUCUCCUUCUGGACUCACUCUUGCUCUUCAUGCCUACAGGCUUCCAUUUUGCCAUGAAACAGCAGCUGCGGGAAGACCAGCAACCAUGGCAGGACCUUCUGGGUGAUAGCCGAUAUCAGUGGUUAGCUGGUUUUUCUCCUUUCUCUCUCUUUGUUAGAUCCAUGCAAGUUUUAAUUGGGAGCAUUUCACGCGAACAUUUCCCAGAAGCUCUGGAUGGUCUACCUUUGCCGCACUUUCUGAAACCUUUGGACCUGAAGUUGAAGAGCUAAGAUUAUAAGCUAGAGAGCCCCUUCUCUCACUUUUACUCCCUUUCUCCCUCGCCUUUCAGUUGCUGCUUGUGUGAUAAAAACAGGUUGUGUGGAGAACCCAUUUGCUGAAAAUGAAAUCUGUGUGGGAGAAGGAGAAGCACUUGUUUAAUUAGAUACUUUUUUUCCAAAGA